UACAACGUUGUGUUAAAUAUGAAAUUUUCAACUUUUUAUCUUUUUGUAAACAUAAUUAAACUAAUCGCCUUAUCAGCCUUGUUUCUUGGCAAAUCGUAGCUUAUUGUUUGUUCACAUUUUCAGGUAAAGCAGCAACUUUAGUCUAGUGUUUUUUUCUUUCGCUUAUUUCUAGUAAAAUGGGGUUACUGUCGAAAAUUGCUAUUUUACUGGGAGUUGGAACGAUUACCUAUGUAAUUCGGUGGCACUACAUAGGACGUCUGUAUCGCAGCAAAAGAACCUUCUCGAGCCAAGAACUCGUAGUCAUUACCGGCGCUUCAUCCGGGAUUGGACUUGCGGUGGUCAAAGACCUGGUGAGACGUGGCUGCCACUUGGUGCUGGGUUGUCGUAACGAAGCCGCUGGCCAGAUAGUGUGCGACCAGCUACGGAAACAGUUUGGUUCAGAGGUUCUCGUGGACGUGUACUUCGUGGAUCUGGGCAGCUUGAAGAGCAUCGUUAGCUUCGUGGACAAAGUCGGUCUGCUUGGCAAGCCGGUUUAUGCUCUGGUGAACAACGCUGGGAUAUUCUACGCCCCACCAGCACUGACGGCAGACCAGAUCGAGCAAACCUUCGAGAUCAACUAUCUGGGUCAUUAUUUGUUGACAAUUUUGCUGCUUCCAAAGUUGAAACAACACCCGAACAGAUCACGCAUAGUCAACGUGGUAUCGAAGGCACAAAUCUGUGUGGAACGGUUUCCGGAUACGGAACUGCACCAGUUGUACGACGAUUCCCCGCAGAAUCGCUUCCGAGCGUAUCAGUACAGUAAAUUCUGUUUGGUUCUGUUCGCGCACAAACUAUCAUCGAUUCUGGCCAACUCGAACGUGACCGUUCACUGCGUCGACCCCGGAAACGUCGAAACCGCCAUCUAUCGACACUUUCCCCAGCUCAACAAUAAAGUUCUUUACUACCUGCAGAAGCCUAUUCGUCUGCUCGCAGUGAAAACACCGAGAGAAGGUGCUCAGUCGAUUCUUUACGCCAUUUUAAGUGGCGCGAUACCGCCAUUUUACGUCAGCAAUCAUCAUUCCAGCGAAAGCGAAAAGUCGGAAGUUAAUCCACGCAUCUACAACCCGAUUUUGGGCGACACGCUAUGGACGUUGAGCCGACAAAUGUGUCGCGUUCACCUCCUCGAGAUGAACUAGCCUUGGUUCCGUCGGUGUGGGUUGACGAUGGAAAGGGACUGCGCAAAGAACUUAUCUCCUUCAGCUAUAAAUCUAUGAAGAAACCAUCGGAACUGUCGCGAUGUCUUGUUAAAAUAGGCGACGUUAGCGAUUU